AUGACUCUUCCUGCCCUAGCUAAUACUGGCUUCACUUGGCCUAACUGCACUACACUGUUUACGACAGGGGAUGCCAUGAUGCAGCAUCUGUCUGGGCCAGGGCCAUGUGGACAGUGGCUUGUUCAAAUCCUACCCAGCAUGGAGCCUGUAGGGUUGCCCUUUGGAGAUGAAUACCUCAAUGAUGUCAAUGCUGCUAAUGAUGUUGACACAAAUAGGAACUUCAACAACCCAUUCAAUGAUAGUGAUGAUGAUAGUGAGAACAGCAACCACACAAACAUUUACCAUUCCCUUGAAGAUGACACCCACUACAAAUAUCCUGAAACUCUCCCCCCUUCAGCAUCAGCUCCACAUGUAUGA